AUGUCCACAACGCCAACCACAACAGCAGGAGGGACCGAGCAACAUCAUCAUCGCGGCCGCCGACUACGAAACUUUCUCCUCCCCGAUGGCCGGGAAGUCCACAUCACGCGCUCCCCCGAAGAAGCUGAAUCCCUCCGCCAACGGCUCACAGCAGUGCGCAAACCAGACGAGCCCUUUGACUUAGUUAUCAAUGGUUCGCCUGAGCAUCUUGAAGCACUACGAAAAGCACACAGCCACCACGAGACACGGCGCGAAGCCCUCAAACAGAAACAUGGUGAGGCAUUUGAUGAGUUUGAGAAUGUUAGAGCUCAGUUAGAUGCGCUGGGAGGUGAGUUGCAUAUGCUCACGGAUCAUGCUGUGGCCUUAGAUGCGAAUUUUAGCAAGUAUGGGUAUAGUGCUCAUCUGAGGACGUACGGUGACGGGCCCCCUGCGAGCCCAGGGAGUAGUGUUAGCGGUUUCCAUGAUUCGGAUCAUGAGAAAAAGGAUUGGGAGAAGGAGAGGACAAAUGGGACGGCUAUGAAGAUUUAUAAGAAGCCAACUGUCCGGCAAUAUUUUCAUAAGGGCCUGCUAUGGAGAGCUUCCGAAACUACAGAAGUAGCUUCAUUUGAGCUAUUCGUUGACCUACUAUAUGUUGGCAUCCUAGCCAUCAAUGGAGAUCAUGCUUCCGAGGAGCCAACCGGUUCUGAACUCCUCAAAUUCUCCAUUACUUUUAUUAUGAGUUGGAAGAUUUGGAGUGAUAUGACCGUCAUUGUGAGCUGGUUUGAGAUCGAUGAUAUUGUCCAAAGGCUCUGUGUUUUGUUUACUAUGGCAUGUCUUUUAGGACUCACAACGAACAUGCUCGACGCUUUCCAUGACACAUACACUCAGCUAGUGGCAUUCUACCUCGCAGCGCGCCUCUUCAUGAGCGCCUAUUUUAUUAUGCUCACUUGUCUCGUCCCCAUGGUUAGGGGUAUGAUGAUUGCCCAAGUGAUCCUCAUAGUUAUCCCCAGCAUCCUGUGGAUAGUUAGCACGCACAUUGAGAUGCCACAGCGUCUUGCUGUCAUCUGGAUAGCAAUAUUUCUUGAUCUGUACGGCCCUUCGUUCAUCGUCCUCCUUGUCCGAUAUUCAAAAGGGAUUUCGAGACCUCUUGGCGAGUGGGUAGACAGGGUGUUUGAGUUCUACCCAGCUGUCAAUAUCGAGCACAAGGUCGAGAGGACAAACGCAUUCGUGACGCUAGUGUUUGGUUAUUCUGUUGUCGCCAUCAUCUACCAAAGCGCGGCCCCCUUUGGGCUGAAUACUUUCUACGGUAAAGCCGUCUUGGGCUUAAUACAAGCAUUCUGUUUCAAUUGGAUAUAUUUUGAGCUUGAUGGAGCGGAUCUUUUUAAUCAUGCUAUCCGGCGGCGGGCCAUCAGUGCGUUGCUAUGGGGAGCCGCACACUUACCAUUCGUCAUGUCCUACGUCCUUGGAGCGGCAGCCCUCUCAAAGCUUGUCGUAGCCACCGACCUCCAUGACGCACAUUUGGAAGACUUGACAGAUGCAUAUAUAGAAAAAUCUGAUCAUGAGAUCCCAAUCGGCCUGCGCUGGUUCUAUUGUGUCGGCAUGGGACUGGCAAUGUUUUGCAUGGGAAUAAUCUCCAUAUGUCACAUACACAAAGACAGUCCCCGCGGUGGUCGAGUCCGGAUCCGGAAACGAUACCGCAUGGUCAACCGGUUCGGGGUUUGCAUCGUGCUCUUCUGUCUCCCCCUAGCUGAGUCACUUAACUCUCUCCAGCUUAUCUCUAUCGUCACAGGGACAAUUGUCUGGGUUUUGCUGCUUGAGCUCUGGGGUGUGAGUUGCCCCGAAGAUAGUCUCUUUGGGGAGAGAAGAAAGUGCCGGUAUACUGCGGAGUGUAAAGUUAGCAAAAGAGAUUUAGAGACAGCGGUUAAGGAGGGGCAUGUUAUUAAGGUUGCGGAGUUGGGGGAUGAGGAGAGGUCGAGAGAGUAUGAGUUCUCUUGA